AUGGAAAAAAAGGCCGAUUUUGAUAGCAAUUUCAAGGUUCCCAAACUUUGCCACUCCUCGUACAUCACCAAAUUCCAAGCCAACAAAAACCUAACAGAGAACGUAUGCAUCAAAUUUGGUCCUGUUCGUGCCUUGGUUAGGAGCAUGGUAAGCUGGUCUGGACCUCACAGCCCAUAUAAUGACCAAAUCAAGGGUGUAAUAAUGAGAAGGCUACUUCGUAAAUACAGAUUUUAUGUUUGUUUGAUUGAUAUAUUUAAUACGUCCAAGUGUUGGCUUUCAUGCUCCAAGAUAUCUCUUGAGAAGAAUAAGCAAGUUAACGAUAUAUACUUAUGA